AUGCAGCGGCCACAGGCAUACGGGCAAUCGCCCCCUCUACACCACCCGGUCCCCCAGCAUGUAUCGACCGUACCACAGCUCCGAUCUCCUCCCCCUCCAGUAUCGCAAUCAUCGCAAAGCGGCCAAGGCUAUGGCGGCAGCCCAUAUCCCCAGCAGCAAGGCGGCGCCGGGCCGCAGAACAUGUUUGGGCAGUACGGCCAGUUUAUGAACGAUCCGGCAGCGCAGGUUGCAGCGCACUUUGGAAGCACGGCUUUUAGACAGGGGCAGGAGCUUAUUGACCAGAACAUUAACCGGUACCUGAGCGUGCACCUGCUUAAACACUACUUCAACGUUACAAACUCUUAUGUCAUCAACAAAAUCUACCUGGUUCUUUUCCCCUGGAGACACAAGCCAUGGUCGCGCAAGCCAGCUAUGGGCCCUGGCGGUCAGGAGGGAUAUUUGCCGCCGAGAGACGACGUCAACAGUCCAGACAUGUAUAUUCCUGUAAUGUCUCUGGUGACUUAUAUCCUCCUCUCAACCGCUAUUGCUGGUCUCAGGGGACAGUUUCAACCGGAGCUUCUCGGAAACACAGCGGGAACGGCGCUCAUUGUGGUUGCUGCUGAAAUUAUUAUCCUGAAGCUCGGGUGCUACAUUAUGAGCAUAUCCAAUAAUUCGCAACUACUGGACCUUGUUGCUUACUCUGGAUACAAGUUCGUUGGCGUUAUUGUUACUGUCGCUGUUGCUGAGGUUAUGAACGGUGGCAAAGGCACCGGCGGAUGGUCUGGCUGGUCUGUAUUCAUUUAUACGUUCUUGGCCAACUCACUUUUCUUGAUGAGGUCGCUGAAGUACGUUCUUUUGCCUGAAAACGCCGACAACAGCAGGAUGCAGACAGACACCCGGGCCAAAAGGAACCAGCGGACGCAGUUCUUGUUCUUCUACUCAUAUGUGGUGCAGCUUUUCUUCAUGUGGAUCUUGCGGGCUUCAUCUCAUCUACACGCGCGAUCAUCCUCACAAGCGAUCAUGGCACUUCCUCCCAUAAUGACGGCGACGCUUCAGUCGUCGGUCCUGGGGGCUGUCGCAAAUUUACUUGCUCAAGCGCUUACCGCCUUUAGGGACGAGGAGAAACUGGUAGUCGACUGGAUCCCUGUUUUCCAGUUUGUACUCUACGCGGUCCUCAGUACACCGCCCAACUUCAUGUGGCAAGACUUCCUGGAGUCAACCUUCCCGGCCACCAAGAAGGUCGUCCCUACCACUGAGGCCGUCGCCGCGGCCUCGGCCAAGGACGACAAGGCCCUUGACCGCACCGCCAAGAAGGGACAGCUGGUCGAGCCGGUGCCAAAGCUUGACAUGAAGAACACCAUCAUCAAGCUGAUCCUGGACCAGACGAUCGGAUCUGCUGCCAACACGUUCAUGUUCUCCGUGUUCUUUCACUCGGUCCAGAUGGCCAUGGCGCACCGGCCGCUCGGCGCUGAGCACAGCAUGAUGUUCCUGAUGCGCAGCUUUGCGCGCAGCGGCAAGGACGACAGGCCGGCACUUGACUUCACGGCGGUCCGUUGGGAUGAGGUGAUGCCCAAGGCUAAGGCCGAGUUCAUGCCGCUCCUAACGGCCGGCUGGAGGCUCUGGCCCGUGGUCAGCCUGAUCAACUUUGCGUUUGUGCAGACGGUCGAGAUGAGGAACCUGGUGGGAGGACUAGCUGGUAUCGCCUGGGGCGUCUAUGUCAGCCUGUUCACGGCCAGUAACUGA